AUGGCGUUCUUCUUGCGGCGCCCGUUCGCCGUUCCGACGGCGCUUCGUCAAAUCUCCAAGCCUGCUAACAGCGCUCGUUUCAUCCACAACACACCAUUCAAGCCUGCCCAGCCGAAGCCUACCGGUUCCUUCUCAUCUUCCAUCUUCGCCAAAUCUCGCCAGACCUUCCAGAAUGCUUUCCGCCGGACGUAUAUGCAACAGCCCACUUACAACACUCGUGGCGAACUUCUGCAAAAAUUGGGCUACGGUGCCGCCAUCGUUGGAGGCACCAUCAUCGCAACGAACCUGAUCUUCAACCGCGAGACCCGCGAGGAUGGCGGUAUGCCCCAUUACGAGCGCAGCUACCUGAACGAGACUUUCAUGCACACCGGACUUGGUGUUGGUAUCAUCGCUAUUGCCGCUCGCGCUAUGCACAUGAACGGAUUCUCUUACCGCAUGAUGGCUGCCAACCCUUGGUUGGUUAUGGGUCUUGGUCUCGUCGCUAGCAUUGGAACUAUGUACGGUACUUUGUACACUUCUCCUGACAACUACGUCGUGAAGUAUGGUCUCUGGACUGCUUUCAACAUUACUCAAGCCGCUCUCCUGUCCCCUCUCAUGUUCAUGAGCCCCGCUCUGCUCGCCCGCGCCGGUCUCUACACUGUCGGAAUGAUGGGUUCCAUUGCUUUCGUUGGUGCCACCGCCAAGCAGGAGAAGUACCUGUACCUGGGUGGUCCUCUGCUCGCUGGUGUUGCCAUCGUUGCUCUCUCCGGUCUCGCUCCUAUGGUUCUCCCUGUCACCGCCACCCGCACUCUCAUGUGGUCCGAGAAGAUCUGGCUGUACGGUGGUCUGGCUGUCUUCGGUGGUUUCACCCUCUAUGACGUCCAGAAGAUCCUUCACCACGCUCGCCUCUCUCAGCGCGGCCUCGUUCGCAAGGAUGUUGUCAACGAGAGCAUCAGCUUGACCCUGGAUUUCAUUAACAUUUUCGUCCGCAUGGUCCAGAUUCUGGGCAUGCGCCAGCAGCGGAAGUAAACGCUUCGCUAUGGCUUCUGAACACAACAUUCUAUCCUGUGGCUCCAUCGAGAGCCACUUUGAUUGACCGGUUGACUACUCGUCACAUUAAUAACCGGAUUCUUGUGGAAUUCGGAUCAUGGAGAAGUUGGAACAAGGUUGAUUGAUAUUUCGGUUCUGCUUAAGCGCCCGGUGUAAUUUUUUUCCUUUCAUGUUUCCCACUGAUCCUUUUUUACUGCCUGUAGAUGGAACAUUUUACUAGGGCACAUUCCAUUCCCCCCUUAUGCUGGUGGACAGCAAUGGUCGGUCUUAAUGCUAGGAACUGGGGGGUCCGGCAUCAAAUGUAUGCAUAGCUUUAGUAUUAGCCGCAUACCAGGAG